AUGCCCGGUCGUCUGAAGGCGGCUCCAUCGGAGGUAGCGUUUACCAGGCGCUUCAUCUUGUCGCCUCACCGCCGGCAGCCAGUGCACUGCCACGCUCGCCACUCUCCCGUACGCACACCUUACCCAUCUUACGCACAGCCGUCAUCAGGCGUAGCGCCUGGCGGCUCGUCGUCGUCGCAUCUGCACCAGCGCCACCAUUACCAUGACCCUUUUAUUCACCGCAGCGCCGAUGACUCCCCCAUGAAGUGUGAGGCAACGUUGUCCGUGCUGGCACCGCCAACUCCCGCCACCGACGCUGCCCAUGCGCGCCGCGUCAAGCAUGGGCCUUGCUCCCGGGCUCACUGCCUACACAGUGCGGCAGACGCGUCAGCGCAGCAGCAGCAGGGGCCUCCUGAGGCUCAGGGACCGCCGCUGAGGUCGCGGCGGUGGGCAACCGAUCGCGCGGCGGUAGAGGAUCGAAUACCCGAGGCAGAGCUCGCUCGUCACCACCGCGGACCGCAGCUGUCACCGCCGUCCUCGCCGUUGCUGGGCUCACCCUCAAGGACAGCCACUCCGACGGCCGACAUCAUUCACUUUGACGCAUCGUCUUCGCGGCCGCUGUCACCUCGUCGGCCCACCUCACGACUGCAGCGACUCCUGCGCCAGCUGGAGGCGGAGGCGCAACGAACGGGCUGCACCGUCACAGAUGCUGCUGAUGGUAAACGAGACAACGUUGAGUUGUACCAAGCACUGUUCCUGCAGGCCUUGGCGGACGGUGCCGCCUGGGAGCGCCAUGCACGCGUCCUUGAGGCCGGCGCCCAGGCCUCGGCAAAGCGCGAGGCCCAUCUUAAACGGCAGCUGCGGCACCUGCGGCGCAGUGUUGAGCUGCUUGUGGCUUAUGUGAAGGGGUCUGAGCGGGUGGUGGAUGUCCUCGGCAGAGGGAUCGCCUGUGGAACCGGUGCAUCGACUCAGACGGAGAGGGCGGCGCCGGACGGCACUCCACCAAUGUCGCCGGGCGCACUGGCCGCGCCAGCAGCAGCAGCAGAGACAAUGGUGGAUGUAGCGUCAUCUUCUCCAUGGCGUCCCGCAUCGCUGUCCGCCGUGAGCGAACUCGUACGAGGCUCCUUCGGCCGCUCAUCGAAUCUCGUCUACGGCAUCAGCGGCAGUGACAGCCGACAAGGCGAGGACGAUGCCGCCUUACGGAAGAUGGAUGGCCGGUCGCGCGCAGCAGUCGCCAAGGGACCUGGUGACUUACAUGAGCUUGAUGAUUUCCAUUCGGAAUCCCUUGCCCCUGUGCACGAGGUUGUGGAGGCGCCGCGGGAUCAGCCCUUAUGGGAUGGCAGCUGGGACGAUGUCGGCACCGGUGUGCAUGCUCGAUACGAGGUGAGCGCGGCGUGGGGGGAUAAGGACAGGGGGGCCGCGGCCCAGGGGUUACGCGGCGGCGGCACAGAAGCGUUUGAGAUGCGCACGCCGUGGAGCCGGACGCCGCCGGCUGCGAUUCCUGCUUCGGGAAUGGCGCAUCGCGAGUCGACAUCAUCGCCUCUGCACCGUGGAACAGCUGCACGGGCUGCUGCAGUUCUCGAGGGCGGCACAUCUCUCCAUGCCACCCUGCCGUCUCCGCUUUCGUCAUGGCUUGGCCAUGCGGCGACAAUGAACGCCGCUAUGGAAACAGAGUCGGUGACGCACGAGAGUACUCCCCUCGAUGCUGCUGCUGCCGCUCCUCAGGUUGCACCGAUGUCUGCCGCUCAAAGCCUGCUGGAGCUUCUGCGCAGUCGAGACACGUCGACUCGGGGAACGGCGGCGUUGGGUCCGGGGCUUGUCGACACAUCUCGCGGUACUAUUUCCAAGGCAGUGUCACAGAUUGCUGCUGCACACCAGCACGAUGACCACGGGGUCACGGUCACCGAGGCGACACACAGCCACAGCUCCAGCGAUGUUGCGCAUCUGAAUUGUGCGGUGCCGGUGAGGGCAUCAUCAUUUUCUUCAGCCUCUCGACCACCUCUGACACCGAGUUGCUCUUCGAUUCCACGACAGAGCUCCGGCCCACAAGGCGAGGCACUGCCCUCGCAUCCUGCGUCGCUGCCGUCGUUGGCGCCCUCGUCGCCGCCACGGCCCCACUCCCACUCGCUCGCCACCUCGCCACCCCAGAUGUCACGCGUCAGUGACAGCGGCAGCAGCAGCCGUGCGCCAACUGCCAUAGAAGCUGCUGCUGCCGCGCCCAUCGCGGUGGCGGAGCUCGUUCGCACGUCGUCCCCUGCUGUAUUGUCUUUCUCAUCUCAUCAGACGUUCACAAAUCUCGCUGCCACGCAUGAACGCGACGUCAGCGUGGCAGCGCAGCCCGAUGACGGCCUGGCGUACUCGUCUAACGACUGGGAAUUCCUCGAGACGGCGAAUUUCGCUGACGGCUUUGGCGCGUCGUCGUCAUCCUCACCCGCGAGGAGGCUGGAGGAAACACGCGGCGGACAUCACGGGCUUGCGAGCAGCGACAGCAGCAAUGACACGAACGAUGACAAGAUGACAGACGAAAGGGACGAGCUGGCUAACGGCGACGGCUACACAGAGUGGCGCACGCAGCUGGAGGCACAUCUGAACCACGGCUGGGUCUCGGGUAUGUGA